UCAAGAUGGCGGAUAAUCUCCCUUCGGACUUUGAUGUGAUCGUAAUAGGGACGGGUUUGCCUGAAUCCAUCAUUGCGGCUGCAUGUUCAAGGAGUAACCAGAGGGUUCUGCAUGUUGAUUCACGAAGCUAUUAUGGAGGAAACUGGGCCAGUUUCAGCUUUUCGGGACUUUUGUCCUGGCUGAAGGAAUACCAGGAAAACAGUGAUGUUGUGACUGAAAAUUCAGUGUGGCAAGAAAAGAUACUUGAAAACGAGGAAGUUCUUCUUCUUCGUAACAAGGACAAAACAAUUCAACAUGUAGAAGUAUUUUGUUAUGCCAGCCAAGAUUUGCACAACGAUGUCGAAGAAGCUGGUGCAUUGCAGAAAAAUCACACUUCUGUGACACCCUCAAACUCCACAGAGGCUGCAGAGGCUACUUGUAUGCCUACUGCCGAUGAGUCAUUAAGCACUUGCAACUGUGAUAAACCUGCAGAACAAAGUCAGAGCAGUGGUCCAUUGAGUUCAUUAGAAGUAAAUGGUGCUGAAGAAGCAAGAGUGAAAGAAAAUUAUAGUGAUGCGAAAUCUCCAGCAGAAGAAACAAGUGAAAAUGUGCAUAAAGUACAAGACAACACAGAGACACCAAAGAGAAAUAAAAUUACUUACUCACAGAUUAUUAAAGAAGGCAGAAGAUUUAACAUUGAUUUAGUGUCAAAGCUUCUCUAUUCUCGGGGAUUACUAAUUGAUCUGCUAAUCAAAUCAAAUGUUAGUCGAUAUGCAGAGUUUAAAAACAUUACAAGGAUUCUCGCAUUUCGAGAAGGAAUUGUGGAACAGGUUCCAUGUUCCAGAGCGGAUGUCUUCAAUAGCAAACAACUUACUAUGGUAGAAAAGCGAUUGCUUAUGAAAUUUCUUACAUUUUGUAUGGAGUAUGAAAAGCAUCCCAAUGAAUACAAAGGAUAUGAGGAAACUAUAUUUUCUGAAUAUUUAAAAACUCAAAAAUUAACCCCCAAUCUACAAUACUUUGUCCUACAUUCAAUUGCAAUGACAUCAGAGACAACAAGAUGUACUAUAGAUGGUCUCAAAGCUACCAAAAACUUUCUUCAGUGUCUUGGGCGGUAUGGCAACACUCCAUUUCUGUUUCCUUUAUAUGGCCAAGGAGAACUCCCACAGUGUUUUUGCAGAAUGUGUGCUGUGUUUGGUGGAAUCUAUUGUCUUCGUCAUUCUGUACAGUGCCUUGUAGUGGACAAAGAAUCCAGAAAAUGUAAAGCAAUGAUAGAUCAGUUUGGUCAAAGAAUAGUCUCUAAACAUUUCAUUAUCGAAGACAGUUACCUUUCUGAGAAAACGUGUUCCCGUGUACAAUACAGGCAGAUAUCCAGGGCAGUCCUGAUUACAGAUGGAUCUGUACUAAAAACGGAUUCAGAUCAACAGGUCUCCAUUUUAACAGUGCCAGCAGAAGAAUCAGGAAGUUUUGCUGUUCGAGUCAUUGAGUUAUGCUCUUCAACAAUGACUUGCAUGAAAGGCACAUAUUUGGUGCAUUUGACUUGCAUGUCUUCUAAAACAGCAAGAGAAGAUUUAGAAGGAGUAGUACAGAAAUUGUUUACUCCAUAUACAGAAAUAGCAGAUAAUGAACAGGUUGAAAAGCCAAGAAUUCUAUGGGCACUCUACUUCAAUAUGAGAGAUUCUUCAGAUAUCAGCAGAGAUUGUUACAAUGAUUUACCAUCCAAUGUCUAUGUGUUUUCUGGCCCAGACUGUGGUCUAGGAAAUGAUAAUGCAGUCAAACAGGCUGAAACAGUUUUCCAGCAAAUCUGCCCAAAUGAAGACUUCUGUCCUGCCCCACCUAAUCCUGAAGAUAUUGUCCUUGACGGAGAUAGCUCACAGCAAGAAGCUUCAGAAUGCAGUGCCAUACCAGAAGCCAACUCAGAGACUCCCAAGGAAGCUAUAGACCUGAGAAACCCAGAGGAGCCCUCUGAGUAGUGGGUAUGCGUCAGAAUUAAUAUCCUACUUUGGAAAUUCCUCAUGGCUUCAAAGUCUUCUUGAUAGAUGAAAUAUUUGAAAUCUUUUAAAAAGCAACAACCAAUUGAUAAGGUAAAAUUACAGGAAGAAACAAGUGCUAGAAAUCAAAAAAGAAAUUUUCUUCAAAGAAGGCAUUUCUAGGAACAUAAAACACUUAUAAAGCACAUUGACUAGCUUGUUUAAGAUACCAAACCUGUGAGAUUAGCAGGUGAAAAAUAUUAAUGGACUGAUUUCCAGAAAUGUAGUUUGAUCUGAAAGAGAUCCUAUGCAUUGUUAAUAAUUAUGUGGUGUUCAUAUAAAUUUAUUUGACACUUGGGAUCGUUUUGGUUGAAAGCCACAUCUGGAGGGUCAGCCCAUAUCCUUAUUUUGGUUAUUUGAAUUAUAUUUUCAUUCUGGGUAUGAUAUUACAGAUAAAAGUAUAUGUAAAUACAGUGGAGUAAAGGUAAACUGCCAUGAUCUGGCCAGGGGCCUAUAUUUGGAGUAAAGGUUGGUUUUAUUUUCUGUGUUAACUGAAAAAUGUUAAUACUAAGGUGUUUAGAUAUUUUGCUAGUCAUAAUUUCUUAGUAAUUAGUGAUUAGGAUGGAAAUCAUGUACACACUGGCUAAAGUUCAAAGAUGAAGAAAUGGAAGAAUAGAAACAAACAUUUGGAUAAGAACAGUGGUCCUUCAUCAUUCUAUUAAGUCAAGUAACUGAAGCACUAACUCCUUGUCCACAGAAUAAAUUUGAUCAUGGCUAUUCUACUCAAAAUCCUAGGCAUUGCUUAACUUCUUAUCUUCAGUUUCUCCAGAUACAACGUAGAAUACUAUGCCUGCUAUAUCAGAGUUGUUAUGAAGACAAGAAUGGUUCUUCUGGAAAAAUACUGUUUAGGAACUUUCUGAUUGAUCUGUGAAUAAAUAUCAAACCAGCCUUAUGAUCUCAGUGUCAUAUUUAUUGCAGUCAAUGUUUAAUGCAAGUCUGUUUCCUAAACUCAUUAAUAAUUGGUGGAAUGGUAGGUUUUGAAGUUUUAGGAAUACUAUAUAAAUUCAUAUUCUUCUGGCAACUAACUCUGAAACCAUCAAGAACUGAACAAAGUUUGACAAUUAAUAAAUUGCAACACACACUUUACAUGGAAAGAUGAGGGCUCUACAUUGGCAGCAAACCUAUUUGCAAGGCCUGCAUGUAAAUAUCUAGACUCUAAUAGUCUACUUUCUUUGAGCAAUAGUUUAGACCUAGAACUGCCUGUAAAUAAAUAAUAAAUAAACCCAGUGCUUCCUGUCAGGGAGCCAAGGAUCUAGUGAAAUUCACAGAGUUCCCCAUGUGCACCUAGAGAACUGACCUGGCUAGGGUUCAGAGAGGAUCUUUUCUUUUUUCCUUUUUUUAAAUUAUAUAUAUAUAUUACAAUUUAUUCAUUAUGUAUCCUGAUUGAAGCCCCCUCCCUCAAUUCCUCCCAGUCUCAUCCUCCCAUACUCGGCCCCCCAUCCCUUUCCCAUAGUUCCACAGGAAGGGGAGUUCUUCUCUGCCAUCUGCCCAUAGCUUAUUAAGUCUCAUCAGUACUGCCUAGAUCCCCUAUCUCUGUGGACUGGCAAGGCCACAUCGCAAGGGACAAGUGAUCAAAGAGUAGGCAUAACAAGAGGCAUCCCCUGCUCCCCUUGCUAGGGAACCCACUUGGAGACUGAGCUGCCUGUAGGCUACCUCUAAGCAAGGGGUUUAGAUCCUCUCAUGCAUGGUCCUUUGUUGUUGCAUCAGCCUCUGCAAGACCCCCUGAGUUCAGAUUUUUUAGUUUUUUUGGUCUCCUUGUGAGGCUCCUGACCCUUUCGUGUCCUUUUGUCCUCCCCUUCUUCCAUAAGACUGUGCUCUGUACAAAGUUUGGCUGUGAAUCUCAGCAUCUGCUUUGAUCCCCUUUUGGGUGGAGCCUUUCAGAGGACCCUCUAUAGUAGGCUCCCAUCCUGUUCCCUCUCUUCCACCACUUCUGUCUAUCCUGUUUGCCAUUCUGAAUGAGAUUUAAAAACAUUCUCUCUAGGGUCCUCCUUGUUGUUUAGUAUUUUUAGGUCUGUAGAUUUUAGUAAGGCUAAUAUCUGCCUUUAAGUGAGAGUAUACCAUAUAUGUCUUCUGGUGUCAGAAAGGAUCUUAAAGGAAGCUCCCAGCACAUAUUCUUGAGAAAUGCUGACCCCUCCAGAUUGAGUUGAAUUGAGAAAAAAGAAAAAACUUCUCAGAGUUGCCAGCUGUUCCUCUCAGGCUGCUUCCACCUCCCAUUGUACAGCCCUUUCCUUCUUUGUAGUACCCUUUCCCUUUUAUAAUGCCACACAUAUCAGGGACAGAAUCACAUAAUAACCUACUUUGCCACAAAGCUUCAGUUCUUAAGUCAGCUGUUGUUUACUGAAGCCCAAUUAGGGCAUGCACUAAAUGCCAAGUAUGCAACUGUAAUGUACCAGGAAUUGGUCCUGCCUCUCCAUACCAGCAAUAUGAACAUUUCUCUCAGAUGAGGAUGUUAAGGUGGAAUACAAUCAGUUAUGUUGCACCAAUAAAGAAGUUAUACUUUGUUAAUAAUCUUAGAGUUAAGGCCUUCUAAAUGCAGCAUGCAUAUUUAUCUAAGGAGAAAAUUAGGCUAGAUAGGCUUCUAAUAACUAGAGAACUUUGAAAACUGCAACUGUGUAAAUUGUAGAGUAAUACAGAAAGAUUUUUGGUUUUAUGGCCCACUUCAUUCUGUGUCUUCUUUCAUCCUCUUGAUGCAAUCAGAAAAAUCUCUCUUCUAGGUCAUGAAAUAAACAUGUUGUUGAAAUGCUUAAAGUUCCUGACUAUGAUUAAUAUGACUUUAAUGCCACAAAUCUGUCUUUAAAAAUUAUAGACAAUUCUACCUAUUUCUUGUUGCCUCAGAGUAUAAUACUGAACAUUAAAAAGACGUUUUUCUUUUAUUUUCUUAAUUACUUCUUAAUUACUGCUUAAUACUUGUUUUUACUAUUUUAAGUUCAAAACAACACCAACAACAAACCUUCAGGUAAUGUUGUAGAAAUGUCAGUCUAAAGUUGUAUGAAUAAAAUUGAUGUUUUAUAUAAUUCUAAUAUUUCAGUAAUUUCAAAUUUUGAUGUUGCUGUUAUCAAAAUUUUUACUUGUUUGUUCAAAGUACUUAAAUAUGCAUGGCUGUUUCUUAAUAACCAAAUAAAUUGUAUCAUUAAUUUAAGUGAUAAGAUCCAAUAACUCUGUAUUGCUUUUGUAUAUUUUUUCCAGUUGGUAUGCUUGCCCAAGAAAACAUAUGUAAUAGAUGUCAAUUUCUAUUUACUUUUCUGUAGUAAAAUUGCUACUAUCAUAGGUAACUUCUAGUAUAGUGGAAGUUUCUAAAAUAAUAUCCACAAUUAUAAUGUUGUUAUUAAUAUCUGGCAAGAAUGUUUUUAGAUUUGUCUGCUUUAAAUAUUGUUAUCUAGUUCCUAAAUAAUAUCAGUCAUUUAAAGAAUUAAAACUGUUUUCUUGCAAAUUACUUAUUUACUGCUACUGGUAUUGAAUAAUUUGUCUUUUGCUCAGUAAAAUUUCUUAUAUGUAUUU